AUGACUUACACAGAACUAUUCCCAUCUUUGGUCGACAAGAAACACAUUCAAACUAGACAUCAUCCCCCUGUUUCGGAGAAACUACCGUAUUGGUACAAAGCUGGCCAAUUUUGCGCUUACCACCAAGGGGCACCGGGACACAAUCUAGAAGACUGUUAUGGUUUGAAGUCUGACAUCCAAAGAUUGAUCAAAAGCGGAAUUCUUUAUAUUAGAGAUGUCAAUCCAAAUUUACAAGUCAAUUCACUACCUCAACAUGGAGGAGCUUCUAUCAACAUGGUGGAAGGUUGUCCUGGUACUUUCAGAGAUUAUGAUGUAUGUUAUCUAGAGGGAGAUUUGGUUAAAAUUCACCUUAAAUUGGGUGAGCUCAUCUAUAUGACGCCACAUAACUAUGCGGCUUGCGGACUUUGUCGUUCAACUCUUCAUGGUUGUCGCAUUAAUACCCAAGGAUUGUUGGAUGCAGGAACUAUCACUGUUGUCCAUCCCAUAAAUCUCGAGAACAAUGUCAAUGUUAUAAUCCCUCAGUUCAACAUUCCUGAACCCUUGGAGAUCACAUUCGAUAGUCACAACUAUGCAAAGUCACCUUUGGUUAUCUACUUAUCAGGCCCAGCUCCGUACCAAACUGACAAAGUCGUACCCUACAAGUACCAAGCUACCAUGAUCAAAGAUGGGAAGGAGGUUCCUCUUCCCUUUAUGCCUUCUGUCGUCAACAUUACCGAUGUAAGUGGGGUCACAAGAAGCAGGCGUGUAUUCACUACGGUAUCACCAAGAAAUGUUGAAGCUUCAGUUGGGAAGAAAAUGCAAGUUGAGGCAUCGACUGUGAGCAAUAAGCCUGGUGUUAUGGAAGAGUCCAGUAGGGCUAGUACCAAUUCAGAAUUUGGUGAGGUUUUGAGCAUCGUCGCCAACGCAACUGCCUGCAACAAUUUGAGCUUUAGUCAUGAAGAACUCCCAAUAGAAGGCAAGGAUCACAACAUGGCUUUGCAUAUUUCCAUGAAUUGCCUUACUGAUUAUCUAUCCGGUGUACUGGUAGACACAGGUUCUUCACUCAACGUCAUGCCAAAAUCAACUUUGUCUAGAUUGACUUUUCAAGGAGCUCCUAUGAGAUCUAGUGGGUUUAUUGUCAAAGCUUUUGAAGGCUCCAAAAAGAUUGUCAUCGGCGAAGUGGAUCUCCCCAUGAACAUUGGCCCACAUACCUUUCAAAUCACCUUUUAA